GCCCUUCUCGCCCCCCGAAGCUCUUGGAUCCCGAUUUCUUUAUCCACAGCGCGAGUGCAGCAGUACUCUAACCUUAUUUCUCCCUUUCUCCCUCAACCCAGUCCGGCCACUUAUUCGUCCCUCCUGUCAAAAAGCAAAAUAAUUCUCUGCCCAUCCUCAUUCCGUCCCAAAACGAGUAGCUCGAAAUGAGUACGACGUUCAUCAACCUUCCUUCCUCACCGCAAUACCCUCCUUCCUCCUCCGCUUACUCGGAAGCUUCGUCGGGGCCGUCAACGCCCAUGUCGGGUAUCUCCACCGUGGCAAUCAAGGACGGCCACGAAGGCAACCGCCGAAACGCUGACGCGAACUCUCUUGCUGCUGAUCGUCUGGCACGGCUCGGAGCGGGUGUCGCGGGCGGGUACUUUGAUACGCUACCAGCUCCUCGCUCGGGCUCUGCCGUCAGUAGUGCCGGAGGGAGGUUAACGCCCUUGACACCUUACUCGCCGCACCCUUCUUAUGGAGGUUACACCAGCGUACCGAGUGAUAGGGAGUCCUUGGCGCAGGGCAGAAAUAGCCCUGCGAGCAGCACCACCACCAGUUCCGUUGCUGAAGCGAGGAAGGAAGCAAGGCUCAUCGGUGGCAUGACUUAUGACGAUAGUGUUAUUGACACCACAAAUAGGAGCCCUAUCCCCGUGUUGGCCAGGGCGGACACUGAAGAGACCGAAGCAGAGAGGCGAAAAAGAUUGGAGCGGGAGAGGAAGGCGGGGACGGGGAAUGGUGUGAAGAGCAGAGUGUGAAUCUGUGAUGUGUUAACGGUAGGAUACGGUACCUGUGUUGACGACGGCGCAAAUUUGUGACAAUUUUCCAUUCGUAUUAUCAGGCCUGGCGGUUUUCGUUCUUGUCCAAUGGGGGGGGGGGGGUUUUUGGCUGGAUUUUCCCCCCUUCCUAAGAAUUUCUUCUCAAGCCUUUCUUCACGACAACUACGUUCUAUCGUUUUCCUUUCAUUUCCGCGAUGCUCGAAAACGGGGAAUUCACAUCGGCGAUUCCAGCCGAGAUUUGAACGCUCCCCGGGAUAAGUCAUAUUCCUUCAUAACUUACGGCAGGCCCCUUUCCUUCGACAUGAAUUUCCUUGACUCUUUUCACCAGCUGGGCUUUGAGGGUUUAGUUUUGAGGGCAUUAUUGUGUGUCUAUACUACACCCGCCGAGUCUUCUAGUUGGAUGAUUCGGUGGUGUUUCUUCAAUCAAGCCUCAUCCUACGAUCAUG